ACUGAGUUGGUGGGGAAGAAGGUUUCCUUCCUGACGAGCAAAUCCCCGCAGACGAGGCAUUAGAAAUCCGAGUUUUUUUGGGACAUUUGUUAUAAAGAAGAGAACUUGUGCCUUUCUCCCCCACACAGUUCUAACGACGACAACGACCAGAACAACAAUGUCUCCAUCCACAACGCCCACCAGCAAGACUCGCCUUGACACUGUCUUUACUCCUGCCUACGUGGCUCACCUCAACCAAAAGCUCGCCCAUCUGGAACCGCAAAAGAUUAUAGAGUGGGCCAUCGUUUCCCUGCCAAAUCUCUAUCAAACAACAGCCUUUGGUCUCACGGGUCUGGUCAUCCUCGACAUGAUAUCAAAAGUCUCCAAGGAGCACGCUCAACAACAAAGAGACCGCCAGCGUGGUCCAAAGGAAGACGUUGCCGUCAAUCACCUCGUUCCGCUGAUAUUUGUUGAUACCUUAUACCACUUUGAUGAGACCAUUGAACUGGCUCAUCGUGCUGCCAAGCACUAUGGCGCUCCUCUCCACGUCUACAAGCCUCAAGCGUGCGAAGAUCGUCAGGAAUUUGAAAACAAGAACGGAGAGCGCUUGUGGGAGACGGAGCCGGACAUUUACGACUACCUCGUCAAGGUCGAACCGGCUCGUCGCGCAUAUGAGGAUCUUGAUGUGCAAGCAUACUUUACUGGUCGUCGGAGAUCACAAAACGGCGAUCGCGCUGCCAUUCCCAUCAUUGAAUUGGACAACACAGUCUCUCCUCCCAUGCUCAAGAUUAACGCAUUGGCAUCGUGGGAUUACGAUACAGUUUGGGCAUAUGUACAGUGCAAUGAUGUCCCAUACAAUCCUUUGAUUGACAAGGGAUACAAGUCCAUUGGCGACGUCCACUCUACCCAACCAACACGUCCCGGAGAGAACGAGCGUGAUGGCCGGUGGCGGGGUCAAGCAAAGACCGAGUGCGGAUUGCACAAGGAUUACUUGCGCAUGCGGUCAUCAUACCUGGCGGCAAAGAAGCGAAAAGCGGCUUUGACAGCGUCUGGCACAGAGCCGGUCAUGGAGGUGGAACCUGUCCCAUCUUCUUGAUGCGAUGCGGUCAAAUAGUUGUUUUCUUUGUCACAUAUACUUGAAGUCGAAUAAUGGCGUAGGAUGAGUUGGAGAUUGGGGUUUCUUCUUGUAUCUAUAUAUCCCACUUUUGUGUUUUUUUUUUUUGUUAUCGUAUGAUGGACGGACGUGGGCACAAUUGAAAUAGAUUAUUUUCCAAUCACUUUACA